AUGUCCAACUACUACGACGCCGAGAUCGAGGCAAUCCUCGCCGCUACCCGUGCCCGUAUCGAGGCGGAGGAAGAGGAGAUCUAUGAGAUUGUCGAGCUGAGCGAUGAUCCGAUGCCGGAUGCACCCAACACCGUAGCAGUGCCUGGGAUGGCGGAAUUUUAUGGAUAUGGCCGCCGGUUGGAGGAUAUUGGGGAGGAGCAGCAGCAGGAGGAGGAGGAGGAGGAGUAUGUGAACCAUUAUGCGACGAACGAGGGUAUUGCCAGGGAGUUGGGGAUCCCGGGGUUUGGUGAACCGCACACGGACCCGCUCCCCGCGCAAGGCCUCUUCUUCAUCCACGCCCCCACCGCCCGCCCCCCACGCCCACCACCACCACUCACCCCCUUCGCCGCCAUCGACCCCCCCGAAUACGUCCCCCCACCCCACCGCCGCACCCGCGCCCCCCUCCCGCCGCCCCCCACGCCGCUCUCCGAGUCCGAGUCUGAGCCCGAAGACGCCGCCGUGCCCGAGCACAUGCAGUGCGGCAUCUGCCUGUGCCGCCAGAUCACGCUCGCGUACAGCGGGUGCACGCAUGGCGCGUGCAGGACGUGUGUCAAGCGCAUCUGUGCGACGCAGGGCCCGCUGAGCAGUACGUUUCCGUGCCAUGUGUGCCGCGCGCUGGUGGGGGAGGUGGGGCCGCUGGUGGAGAGGGAGGGGGCGGUGGGGUUGAGGUGGGGGGGGUGGGAGGUGGAGCGGUGGGUGCUGGUUGUGGAGUGGGUGAUGGGGGUGUCGGCGAGGGUGAGGGGGAGAUGGGGGAGGUGGUUGUAG